AUGUCCGCACUGAAGCCAGCUUUCGGGGCCAAGCUGAAUCAUAAAAUCUUACCGGGCACUCUUUGUAUUGGCUGCUUUGACAGUGACCAACCAUGUUUGGCAAGUGCCGAUGCCGCUGGAAAGGUUUCGCUAUAUCCCAUGGACGGAAAUCGGCUCAUGUCCGGUUCAACAUCAACGGCGAAUUCAGCUGGUGAAAAUUACUCUGAUGUUACGGUGCUGAAUGUCAAUCAGCACGUAAAGGCAAUGAUCAGCUGCCAGCUAAAGCCAAAUUCUAAAAGAGACGUGAUAAUUUUGGGUACGGGUAGUCACUUUAUGGCGUAUGACGUCAACGACAAUUGCGACUUGUUCUAUAAACAGGUAAGAAACUAUAGCUCUGUUUUAAAUAGCAAAGUUUUGUGAUU